UCUAACUUAGUGCUGAGUUUGUCUCAAUUUGCCGUUCCCGGCGCUGAGAGUGUCGAGUUUACACACAGAGGCUCAUCCUCAAGGCAUAUCUAAUGCUAAGCGUCUUCAAGGCCUCAUGUGAUCCACAGGAAGUUGAAGCCGAAGUUUUACCGACAACUUCACUAAGGAUUCGUGUUUCGGAAAGCGAUACGAUGACAAUCUUAAUGGCCAAAUUUAAGGCGAAUCAAACCAGUGGCACAAGAAAAUGGUGCGACUUCACAUUCGGCCCAGCUUUUAUCAUGCGCUUCACUGCAUCCUUAUGGCUGUACUGAUGUACGUGUUUGUGGAGUUUUCAGGGGCGUUAAAACCACCUGAUCAACAACCUUUAGUAGAUCCGUUUAGUGAAUACGGCGUGAUAUUUACUAUUAUUCUUUACUUAUUCCGGCUUCUCCCACUGCUGGCCCUGCCGCAAAGUCUUACCAACUUGUUCGGCCUGACCCUGUACAACGCGUUCCCCCCUAGAGUUCGAUUAAAGGUGAAGCCGCAUGAAGCUCCAUUUUUGUGUAUUCGAGUUGUCACACGCGGGGAUUAUCCGGGACUCGUACGAGAAAAUGUUAAGCGUAACCUUGCGACAUGCCUCGAUACAGGCAUUGACAACUUCGUAAUUGAAGUUGUCACAGACAAAGAGGUUUAUAGCCAGAACGAAUUUCCGAUCGGAAUGGAACAUCCAACCCUCGCGGGCGAGGGUAUAUCGGGGGUAAAUUUGUCACAGUUCGUUCCGCAACUUCAUGCACCAACCAGUCCUGAUCAGGUCGAAGUAAAACUUAGUCCAAUGUCGCAGGUAACUGCAAGUUGGCUAAACUCGAAAAUUCGCCAAACAGUGGUUCCAAAAAGUUACAACACUACGACAGGUGCAAUGUUUAAAGCCCGUGCAUUGCAAUACUGUCUCGAAGACAACGUAAAUUUGUUGGCUGAUGGGGACUAUAUACUACAUCUAGACGAGGAGACCUUGUUAACAAAAGACGCUCUAAGAGGAGUGCUCAACUUUAUUAGUGCCGGACGCUGUUCGUUCGGUCAAGGUCUGAUCACCUAUGCCAAUGAGCGCAUUGUAAAUUGGUUCACCACGUCAGCAGACAUGUACCGCGUGGCUGACGAUCUCGGCAAGCUAAGAUUUCAGUUCAACUUUUUUCAUAAACCACUGUUCUCAUGGAAGGGCUCGUACGUUUGUACGCGUGUUGGUGCCGAACGGGAGGUUAGCUUUGACCACGGACCAGAUGGAUCGGUGGCCGAAGAUUGCUACUUUUCGAUGGUGGCCUUUUCGAAGGGUUAUUCGUUUGAAUUUAUCGAGGGAGCUCUUUGGGAAAAGAGCCCGUUUACAAUAAGCGAUCUGAUUCAGCAGCGAAAACGCUGGAUGCAGGGCAUCUACCUUGUCGUACAUUCGGCGAAAAUACCAUGGCGUUACAAGGUGUGGCUAAGUUGCUCACUAUACGCAUGGGCAACGAUGCCUCUGUCAACGUCAAAUCUCGUACUCGCGCCGAAUUUUCCGUUACCUUGCCCGCAAACGUUCAACAUCAUUUGCGCGUUUAUCGGUGCUCUCAAUAUCUACAUGUAUAUUUUUGGCUUGAUAAAGUCGUUCUCCAUUAGUCGUUAUGGAUUUUUUGGGUUCUGGCUAUGUUUCAUGCUGGUCGUGAUAGCCAUCCCAUUGAACAUUGUUGUCGAAAACGUGGCUGUCGUCUGGGGCCUUCUUGGAAAUAAGCACAAGUUCUAUAUCGUUGACAAAAACAUCAAAUUAAGGACACAACCUUUGUUACCUGUAUAAGGAAUUGAAAGGAGCAGAUCCGAAUUAGCAGCGAUCAAAGGAAAGUAAAAUUACUAGGAUUAUUAAAAAACCGAGACUGUGCUAUGCACGUGUACGAAAGUCCCAUGGUAAGAAGGAAUUCUAAAUGCGGUGUUUUCGCAGUAUCUAUUAUAGAAGGGAUAACAUCAUCAUAAUAAUACUAUUAGUCCACAUAAGGAAGGACUAUAACAAAACCAUAUUUGCAAAUGGUGGUAAAUUGUGCUGAACUGAGCUGUGUCCGAAGUAGUGCGGAAGAAUCAAUAGUAAGCGAGAAGAUGUAUACAAGCGAACCUGUAGAUAAGAAAUAUAACAUAGGAAAGCAUAGAAUGUUUCAUAUGGUUGACUACUAUGAUUGUACGCUAUCACUGAAAACAGUAGGCCCGUGGUGACCAACGAAUUUAAUAUAUUUAUUAUAUUACACUAUUACCCGUCCCUAUGUACAAAGUUAAAGAUACACUGCAAAUCUGAUUUACAAUACUUUUAAUGUUAAUACAACCACUGCUGUUAAUUUAUUAAGAUUAUUGCACAAUUUCGCUUCGAGAAGCGUAACGUCGUAAAAGACAAAGAUUUUUGCCUGAUUUUCUGCGAGUUCAUCAAUUUUUAGUUCGCGAUCUUCCCUGUGCAUUUCGCUCAUCGAUUUCUAGACAGGAAUCGGGGUCAAGAGAACGAACCUAUUGUCACUAUAAAAUCCUUUAAUGAAAAAAGCUUGCUAUGCAAUUAAGUAAU